CUUUAAAGUACAAAAGUAAGCUUCUUACUCAGACCAAUUGUGUUUUACUCCGAACGCAGAAAUAGUUUUGCUUACGAGGUUAGGCGUGCUUGGAGCAGAACUCCGUCCGGCCAACUGUGUCACACCUUGGUUGCGACGCGUUUUCUCCAGAAACUGACCGCGUCUCCACAACAACCGAACCACCAACCGGGCCUGAGUCUGGACCAGUACUGCACGGUUCAGCUGCACACCUCACCUGAUUCUAUACCCUUCUCCUGAAGGCCUGAUCACUCCUCCGUUUACUUGCAUCUUGCAUCUCUAUCCUCCAUACUUCCCUCCCCGAGACAUCUCGUCCUCCGACGCUCACCAUACAGAAUGGCGGUUCAUCAGAUUGUUAUCAUCGGUGCCUCCUUUGCAGGCUUGAACGCCGCCCACGGUCUACUCAAGAAAGUCCUCCCUCCUCUGUCGACCGGUGGAAAAACUUUCAAGGUCGUCCAGAUUGCUCCCCAUGAGGAAUUCUAUUGGAAGAUCGGUGCCCCUCGAGUCCUCGUCGACCCCGAGUCUCUCCCCCUCGAAAAGGCCUUGCUCCCGAUUGCUCCUGGCUUUGCCCGUUACAGCCCCGAACAAUACGAGUUUAUCAAAGCCGAGGUGACCUCUAUCGAUCCUUCGGCCAAGACAGUCACCACCGAUACCUCUGCCACCGUACAUUGGGACUCCCUCAUUAUCGCCUCAGGUACGGUCUUCAGCAGCCCAAUAUGGAGCAUCGCCAGCGGCUCCGACGCUCUGAAAAAGGCCAUCAAAGAUAUCCACGAGCGCCUCCCCUCUGCCGAGUCCGUCCUCGUAGCGGGUGGUGGAGCUGGCGGCGUCGAGACUGCCGGCGAACUUGGCUAUGUCUAUGGAAACAAGAAGCAGAUCACCCUCUUGUCAGGCACAACACACCUGUUGUCCUCGCUCCAUAACCAGAAGAUUGGUCAAGAUGCAGCCAGCAGACUCAAGCAGCUCGGUGUCGAGGUCAUCAAUGACAAUGUCCGCGUCGUCGAACAUACUCAGGCGGGUGGCAAGCAUGUCCUGAAGCUGAGCAAUGGCGAGACCAAGACUGUCGAUAUCUACUUCGAGGCCGUUGGAGAUAAGCCAAACUCCAAAUUUGUUCCCAAUGAGUGGCUCGACGAAAAGCAGCGAAUCAAGACCGAUGCGCAUACGCUACGUCUGGACGUCCCCGAUGUGACUGGGGUCUAUGUAUUUGGCUCAGUUGGCAGCUAUUCCAGUGGAUCGAUGUUGGAUAUCAUGUUCGCAUCCGGUGCUCUGCUUGAAAGCAUCAAGAACGACAUCUCCGGCCAAGCUCCAGGUCCACGAACCAAAAACAUCUACAAGAAGGUCACGAGCGACAUGAUGUUUGUCCCAAUAGGACCUCAACAAGGAGUGGGCGCAGCUUUUGGAUGGAAGCUUCCCAGCUUCCUCAUCAAGAUGGCCAAGUCCAAGGACUUUAUGAUUGGAAACGCAGCCAAGACAGUCGAAGGCACUGCUUAAUUCCAACACUCCAUGCCACCUUGGGAAACUCGCCAUUGAUGCGAUUUCGGAGCUUUUGUGAAACAUAGAGAUACCCCAUACGGGCGCACGUGUGAUAAAGAGCGCUUUCGACACGGGCAGGAGUCGUGUAAUUGUUUUAAUAAAGUCUUAAUACACCAAUGCUUCAUCUGACA